AUGUCAGCCCUAUUCUUGAUGUUGGAAGGAGAUCUAGAAAACAAUAAGGUAUAUCAAAGUGAUCCUACAGCCAGAGUUAAUCGUCGGAAUCGUCCGAUAUUAAUUCAGAUGAAACCAGAGGACGAUAUCAUCACGAUUGGUCGACAUGGUUCAGAUGGGAAUCUGAGUUACAGUCUAGAGAGUUGUUUCGUGCAAGAUCUCAUCUCACCGCUGCAUGCAACAAUUAGGCGAACAGCAAAUGGAAACUUUGAGCUAGAAGAUCACAGCACCAAUGGCACCUACGUGAAUUAUCGACGUGUGAACGGAAGGACUAUCCUAAACGACGGCGAUGUUGUUUGUUUUGGGCACCUGGAUGCUGGAUUUAUCAACCCGGGUGAUGAAGUACCACAGUAUAAAUAUGACUUAAAGUAUACGGUGGCAAUCGCCCCUGAAGAUGAUGAGAUCUUCUCAUUUCCACUUUAA